UGAACCAGCAAACAAACACAAACACAAAACCAUGUCGUUUUGGCUUAUCUUCCUCCACCAUUCCUUUCCGCCUCUUAUAAAUACAUCAAUAUGCUCACGCCUUCUCCUCCACACCCGCCUCCUGAUCUAAUCCUCUUCGCCCCUCAUUCCUUCUAACCCAUAACUUUUGAUUCAUUUUAUUUACACCCUUUUCGUUUUUCUUCAAUUCAUUCAUUUUUUUCACCAUGGCCAUUGCUUAUCCCCAUUUGAUUCCCGCUGAAAAGCCCGCCUCAAUGGAGUCUUCUUUAUCCUCAUUAUCUCCUCCCGUUAUUUUAACCCAGGACGAGCUCAAAAAAAUUGCCGCUUACAAGGCCGUUGAGUUUGUCGAAUCGGGUAUGGUUCUCGGUCUCGGAACCGGGUCCACCGCGAAGCACGCCGUGGAUAGAAUCGCCGAGUUGUUGCACCAAGGCAAGCUUAAGAACAUUAUAGGAGUACCCACUUCGAAGAAGACGCAUGAACAGGCGGUCUCGUUGGGGAUUCCUUUGUCGGAUCUUGAUACGCACCCGGUUCUCGAUUUGGCCAUCGACGGGGCGGACGAAGUCGACCCGUUUUUGAAUUUGGUGAAAGGGCGAGGUGGGUCUCUGCUGCGGGAGAAAAUGGUGGAGAGUGUGUGUAAGAAGUUUGUGGUGAUUGUUGAUGAGUCGAAAUUGGUGUGUCAUUUGGGCGGGAGUGGACUGGCUAUGCCGGUUGAAAUAGUGCCGUUUUGUUGGAAAUUUACGGCAAAACGACUGCAGGAGUUGUUUGAGGAUUCUGGGUGUGUGGCAAAGUUGAGAACUUGCUUGGAAAAAAACCAACCAUUCGUUUCUGAUAAUGGAAAUUAUAUUGUUGAUUUGUAUUUCAAGAAGGAUAUUGGGGAUUUGAAGGUGGCCUGUGAUGCAAUUUUGAGGCUUGCUGGUGUUGUUGAGCAUGGCAUGUUUCUUGAUAUGGCUACUACAGUGAUUGUUGCAGGGGAGCUUGGGGUUGCAAUCAAGCAUAAGCAAUGAAAAUGAAGGGUAUUUCAGUUUUUCUUAUUUAUAGGAUUAACUAUUUGUUUACCCUUUUUCAGUUGAAGCCCCAGAGAGGGAUAUUUGAGUUCAUUUUAUUAGAGCCGAUUGAUAAAUGUAUCCUCAAGUUUUGCUGAGACAAGGAUAAGGAUUAGGAGAUUUUUAGGUAAUUUUGUGGACGACUUAAUGAUAGAAAAAAAGAAAAGAAAAGAAGAAAAAUAUGGUGUAUUUCAGUUGUCAUUGCAAGUUUAGAUCUAAUAUUUAUAAAAGCAUUGGAUUUGACUGGGUCAGAUUUUUAUACUCA